UCUUCCCUUCCCAUUGAAGAAAGAAUACUUUAAAGGAAAAGAAAUGAAGAUCCGUUGUGAUGUUUGCGACAAAGAAGAAGCCUCUGUUUUUUGCCCCUCCGAUGAAGCCGCCCUCUGCCCCGCCUGUGACCGCCAAGUCCACCGAGCCAACAAGCUCGCCAGUAAACACAGCCGUUUCUCUCUCCUCCAUUCCGCCGCCUCCGCCGCUGCUACUUCACAGCCGUUAUGCGAUGUCUGCCAAAUCCAGCGAGCGUUUCUGUUCUGUCGGGAAGACAGAGCAAUCCUCUGUAGAGAAUGCGACAUCCCAAUUCAUGACACCAGCGAACACACCCAGAAGCACAGCCGGUUUCUUCUCACCGGCGUGAAGGUGUCCCCGUCGACGGCGACUUCUUCUUCUUGUUCCUCCUCGGUGGGAAGCGGCGGCGAGGAAAAUGAAGGGUUGUUGAAGAAAUGCUCGAGGAAGAGGAGCAAAAUGGGGUUUAGCAAAGGAUUGGUAAUAUCAGAGUAUUUGGAGAGUUUGCCUGGUUGGUGUGUUGAGGACUUUCUUGAUUCUUCAUCUUCCCCACAUAUUCUUUUGUAAAGUAUGAAGUUUUCUUUUCAAGAAAAUGAACAAAAAGAAAAUCCCUUCAACCCCCAAAAUGUUAUUAUGUUUCAUUUGAAAUCCUUAAGACUUUUUUUAGCUGUUUCUUCGGAAAAGCAUAAGUGAU